AUGGCAGACAAAACAGACUUAGAGGGUUCUCGUAUUUCAUACCUGUCUGCCUACUGGGGACUUUUCCCCUUGGCAAUGACAGCAAUCCUCCAACCAUCUGGUCGCAUCUGCGGUUUCGAUCCCCGUUUGCGUGCAUAUCUCCGUGGUAGCCCAAUCGUAUGCUUAUCGGACUUUUUCGGAUUUCUUCUGAGAUUCACCGUUUACUUCUCCCGUAAACGCUCGGUUAUGGACGCUCUCAGCCAAACGUUAAAACAUCGCAAUCUUUAUGCUGAAAGAGGGCCACUUUGGCUUCGAUCUCUUCAAAGGAUACCGUUCGUUCGUCCUGCCGUAUUCGUUCUAGCGAUAACCCAAGCCACUAAGCUUCUGGGGUGCUCUGGUCUCCCAUGGACCAAGACUUGGGUUUAUUGCUACCUGAUUCCCGUUUGUGUGUUCGAGAUUAUUCCCCUCAUCGACCACCGUCUUGAGCUUCAAGGUGGUCCUUCACGAGGCAGUGAAAAUUGGGAUAUAAAUCAUCGUUCUUCGAGAGCGGACGUAGUUUGUGACAGUCUGGAUCGCGCCCUUGGUGUCUUUGCCAUUUACACCCAGUGGCUCGUCUUCUUUAUCUGCAUAAAGCCUGCAGCCCCUUUCCAGAUCGAGCAGCGGGAGACAGCGUCUACCGAGAACCGCAUAGGGCCGUCGAUGCUAUAUUUUCUCCUUUGCACCUAUCUGGUGGUUAUUGCAUACGCACCAAACAGACUAAUCAAUCCAGCUGGGCGGAUCAUCUGUUCAUUGCGCUCUUUGCCUGCCACCGGGUCCACGAAUAAUACCCCUGGCUUUCUCAUAUACGUCACGGGGUUCGUAUUAACAUUCGCCUUUUUCGCAGCCUUCCCUCAGUUUGACUUUCCCAAGAUGGUGAAGUAUCUCGGUGAAAUAUCGAUUCUCUACGGCGUUUCGUGGCUGGUCGCUAUGUUUUUGGCAGACCAUAGCGUGAUGUUCCAGCGCGAAGUAUUACUUCUCUCUGAUACCUAUGAUAUGGAAAAGAAUCAUAUUGCUUUCCAUAACCUGCUUUUUUUCCUGGGUGUAUUGAUCCUCAGCUUGGUAGGGUAUGGUGUUGGAUUUGAUUCAUCGGGGACGUACAAACCUUCCUGGGCGGGAUUUCUGGGUUGA